AUGAAAACUUUAUAAUUAAAAAUUGAACAAUUCAAUUUAAUAUUUUCGAGAAAUGAAGCAAUAAUCUAAAAGGAAAUUGAGUAACUGAAAUUAGAUAUUGAAAAAGAGACUAUUAUAUAAGGCUCUAGGUAUCUAUACAAUUCUAUCAUAAAUAUUAGACUCCUAGAAAAAAUAACUUAGAGAUGA